AUGGAAGAACCUAAAACUUAAAUUAAAAAUAUUGUUAAAGUUUUAUAUUUUAACAUCGAUGUAAAGUAAUCAAAAUGUAGCCAUGUGAAAAAUAUACUAUGAUUAGCAAAUUCUAAGUUGAUAUAAAGUAAAAAGAGCAAAAGAGAAGACAAUCAGGAUUUUCUUAGAAUAUUACAGAAGUUAAGUAAAAUUAGAGAGAAUCCUGCAAAUAUUGAAAAAAUUAAGAGAAAUCAUAGAGCUUAUGCUAAUGAAGUUGAUAAAUUAAAAAUGGAAACAUCAAAAUACUUUGAAUUAUAGAAAAUAUUAGAUGAAUUUAGUUUCAGAGGAUUCUAGAAAGAAGAUUUGGAUACAAAAUAGUAUGUAUUUGGUUGCCCCAAAGCUACUUUUGAUUUAGUUUCAAAGAGAAAAAAAUGGAGAAAGAGAAAGUUAAAUUUUAAGAUGAAAUAAAAGUUUAAUAAGAAGAAAUAUAAAAGAACUAGAUAAAAUAUUUCGUUAAUAUUAAGCAUUUAAAAGUUGUUCUGAAAUUGCAUUUAAAUGCUUAUGAUAUUAAUAUAUAUUUGGCAGAUUUUUAAGAUAAGCUUGUAAAUAUAACUCCAAGAGCCUUUAUUUUAUUAAGAAUAAAAUGAUAAAAUAAGAUAACUUCUAAUCUAAAGAGAAUUAAAGUAAUUUAUGGAUAAAUUCAAAAGGAUGGUUGAAUAAAUCAAAAUUUUGGCUGAAUGAUGAAUUACCAUCUAUUGAUUCUGUUUCAACUGAAUAAGGGAUUGAGAAAGUUUACAUCAUUUUAACAGGUGUUUAAUCUUUAGUAGCAAAAAAGGAUAUUUCACCAAUUCAAAAUAAAAAAAUCGAUUUUAGAUUAUGGUAGUCGAAUUUAGAAAUGAUGUCAUUAAAACUUUUGAAUCCGCUUGAAAAGAGUUUUUAUUUUAAUCAACUCAAAUUUUAAAUUGAUGUAAUAGUUUUUUUAAAUUUAGAACUUGAUAAAUAAUCUAAAUAACAUUUUAGCCCUUAAAAAAAAUUUAUAACCUUAAAUCUCAUCCAUAAACAUUUCAAUUAAUUAAUAAUAUUAUUUAGUUUUCGAAUAUGGCACAUAAUAGAAAAGCCACAAUUACAUUAACAUCAUUUCUUGGAUAUAUCUAAGAAAAUUAAGAAUUUUAAAAUUAUGCAUAUAAUAUACAUAAAUAACACACUUAAAUCCUCUCUUUUAGAAACUUGGAUUCUCUUAGGAACUUUCUUCCAUAGCUGUAUAUUAAUAUUAUUAGCUAUGA